AUGCAAGGGUUCAACGUGGUACUUCAUGGGCGUAAUCGCAUCAAGCUGUCUGCCGCCUUAACUCGACUGCGAACAAAACAUCCGGAACGAUCUUUCCGUUUACUAGUAGCAGAUGCCAGCACUGUGCCAUGCAUUUCCCUGGACUUCGAAGCCAUUCAAGCAGAUCUUAGUGAUUUGCACCUCACCGUACUCAUCAAUAAUGCAGGGGGUGGUGCGUUCAAUCCGAUUUGCUUGCCUCUUAGCGAGUCCUCUGUCACCAGGAUCACGGGCAACGUCAGCUUAAACGCACUCUUUCCGCUUCAUCUGACACGGGUGCUUCUACCCAUCCUCCGCCAGAACGCGCCAGCCCUGGUGAUGAAUGUCAGCUCCAUGGCAGACCAAGGAUUCCCUCUGCUGGCGUCUUAUAGCGCCAGCAAGCAAUUCCUCAUGAACAUGACACGUGCAGUGGGCCUCGAGUCGAGACUGGAUGAUGGCGACAAACAGGUCGAAAUGUUAGGCGUCAGAAUAGGCAGGGUAACGGAUGUUUCACAUUGCAAAGAGCCCCCGUCGUUGUUUACACCGGACUCUCAGACUAUGGCCCGAGCAGCUUUGGCACGAUCCGGCCGUGGCAAUGGGAUAGUCGUUGGGUACUGGGCCCACGCACUGCAACAACUCGGCUCCAACAUCUUGCCUGCCUGGGCGCAAGAUCAGGUCAUUAUGGCUGUUAUGCGCAGAGAAAGAGAAAGGGAACAGACGACAAAGUGA